AUGCACCAAUUGGAGCUUGAGAGCAAUAACCAUCCCUUAUUCCAGGUUCCCAGUUUCAUGGGAUCGGAAGACGUGGACGACACGCAUUCAAACUCUUCUGACAUACCGUCGUAUCAACACAGCGAGAUGUCUAUAGUGCCAGGAAUGACCACCGCCCAGUUGUUGAGGUCCCACCGUUGGACUUUGUCUCACAUGCGCUCAGGUUGUCACAAAAACGGCGACGAGAACCUUUACAGCCUCACCCUCAGCCGCCGUCACCUUCUGAUUCCGAAGGAGUACGAGAGCAUGGUUAUUGACGGCGUCCUGGAGGCGCUUGAGAACUACAGUUUUGGUGUUGUUGAGAAUGCUAAAACAAAAAAACGUUGA